AGACUGAAUAGGCUAGGUAUUUCCUCCAAAAUCGUUGGAUUUGAGCCAAAAUUGUCACUGCACAAAGCUCCACAGAAGGCAUCGUCUUCAUCAUCGCAGAUCAGUUCACAGAAGGCUCUCUCAACAAAAGGCAUCGUCUUCAUUGCGAAGCACAUUCCACAACAUCGUCUUUAUCAAAGAUACUCCAUCUCUG